UGGAGGAUAGCGCGCGCGACGGGGAGAUGGCGCUGACUGUUAAUAAGAAGAAUCGGUCGGGGUUUUGAAAGAUCGCAGAUCGCACAUGGAUUUUGUUGAUUUGGUGAUUUGAUUCUUUGGGACUGGAAAAUGGAUAAACCGCAGUUUGAUGUGACCCUCGGGGGGAGUGUCAGCAUCUCUCAUGAUGUGGAGAUUAAUAAAAUGAUUUCGGCGAGGGCUAGCGAGAUCUCCGCGAUGACUUACUCUGUCGAAAACCCCCAACGAACAAAAUUAGUCUUUCAAAAGCUGCCAGUGCACAUGCGACGUCGAGUAAUGUCGCACAACGCCAAAAGAAUGCCGAGAAGACUGCGCGAAGCCCACCAGAUGCAAAUGGAGAAGUCUGGCCUGCCCCCAAGAGCCAAGAGGCCCUCUCGAAAGUACCGAAGACGUCCCCACAACCUCCUCCUCGAGUACAGCCGCAGGAAGCGCACGAAAAAGUGGCUGGAGACCCACAUUUGGCACGCGAAACGCUUCCACAUGUGCGAGAAAUGGGGCUACAAAAUACCGAAUUUUUCCAACGACAGGGGAUUCAGGGCUAGUUACCGAGCUGUUGCCAAGCACUGCAUGAUGCAGGAUGUCUCCUACUACAGCUGCAUCGAGCUGAUGGGUCCAGAGGGGGUCUUGAUCGAGAGACUGAGGGCUCACUGCAGGGAUCAGCUGUCUUUUGGGGCCAGGAUGUACCUGACUGGCUCGAGAGAGGGUUCUCUAGUCUUUUAUAAGAGGGACAAUUGUCCUGUGGGGGUUGUCCACUUCUUCUGGAGGCCCAGGGGAGAGGAGAAUCUGAGGACUCUCUGGAUUUGGGUGCACCCAGCCCUCUUCGAUGAUGUUCUUCACGAAAUUUCACUGGAUUUUGGGUUCACUGCAGCUCCUGGGGGACAGGAGUCGAUGAAUUCUGAAGAGUCUGGCUGCAGAGUGAAUUUACUGAGGAAUUACUUCAACAGGUUCAGGCUUCGGGGGCCUCUGAGCAUUGCUGUGCUCUCUGAUACUUUGAAACUGCCGAAAUCACCAGGUGGUGAGGAAAAAAAAUCCUGGAACGACGUGUGGUAUGAGGAGUCGAGGAGUAGAAGUUGUUUUAGGCUUCAGGGGGAGUUUUUCGAGGGAAUCAAGACGUUGAAUUCACCUGGGCAGCUGCCUAGGGGCUCUGUGGUGGCACUCACUGUCUUGGAUCCCAGGAUUUUUCUUCCUGAGAGGAGGAGGAAGGCUGUGCUGAGUCAGGAGGACUGCAGGAGGGUGCUUAGGGUGUCUGAGGGGGUCGCUGAGAGCCCUCUGUGGGAGGCAGCUGGCAGAGAGAGGGUCAAGGGGGAGUUUAAGACGAAUAAUGAGAUUAAUAAGUUGAGGGAGGGCAAUCUUGUGCCUGGGGUGCAGAAUGAUGGCGAGAUUGAUGAGGAUAUCGUCGCCAAGGUGCCGGUUAUUCUCGUGCAGUGCCCAGGGGGCACUGAUGGAGAGAAAAGCGUUGGUUUUUCUUCAGGAAUAGACAUAAUCCUGCCAUCUAGAUGGGGCCUAGCCUUCUGGAUAGCCUUCAUGCACAGGUGCGCCCGACCAAUAGGCCUCCGCGAGUACCAAUCCGUGAUUUUUGAAAAUCUCAUGCUGAAUUCCCCAGAGGUGCAUCACCCAGACACUUUAGCCUAUUCCAAGGAGUCCUUGGAGCUUAAAAACGAACUGACUGAGGCCUACUUUCGUCGUCCACCGAACAGAAGAAUCAACUUCACGAAAUUCUCGAUAUCGAGCCCUUUUUGCUGCGAAUGGGGCAUUCUGGUGAGGGAAUGGACAGGUGGAGAUGCUGUUAAAGUCCUGAGGAGUCCAGGAGUUCUCCGAGCGCUGGGGUCCACCCUGCGGGAUUUUUCAGGGGAUCAGAGGCAUCGGAGGAGGAAAAACCCAUCGUCUCGUGACCCAUUGAAGAUUGACGAAUCCCUCGAUCGAUCUUGUCUAGUCCCCGUGAGGAUAAAAAUUCUGGGGAAAGGGAGACCAAAAAAAUUCGCUGUUAUCUGCACUCCAAGUGAGGAGGACCUGAGGACGCCUAAGGACCCUGUGGAGAGCCUUAAACCCGAUCCCCUGCAGAAAAAACGAAAACUGAUGACGAAGAGCCAUAAAGAGGCCUUGAAACGAGCCAUGAGGAGACGGUCGAGGCUGAGAAAGGGGGGUAAACUGCCCGAAGGGGGAGAAACUCCCAAUGUUGAUGUCAAAGAGCAUGCAGAGAGGAUGAGGGCCUUGUGCCUCCCAGAGUGUAGGGGGGUUCGUCAUUCCUGCGAUCGAGAGGUCAUGGGGCACCUGAUUCAGGGGGAUUUUUGUUUCACAGAGUCCACUGGGGUCGGAUGGGGAUAUGUCGUGAUGGAGUCUCUGGUGAAAUUGAUUGAGAGGAAGACGAAUGUUGUUUUAGUGAGGAAUGUACAGAGUAGACAGUAUAGAAAAGCUAGGAUAGAUAUUAUUGAAUAAAGAUGAAUGAUUUUUGUUGACUAACUCUGGGACAAUUGAAUUAUUUCACAUAUUGCAUGAGGAUUA